AUGACUUCGCAAGACAGCUGCCGCGAGCAUGCCCGCCGCUAUCACCGUCGUACGAAUAACAAGGCAGCGGUGAUCAACUGGUACUCACAUCAAGCGAACUUCGUGGACCAGUCAUCCCUCCGAAAGUUUGCAACCCCCGUGGCAUCCUGGAUCGCCUACGGCCCUCCGGGUCGGAUUCCGACAGUAAAAGAGUUCCAGCUGUUGAGGAGGUUCAUGGACAAGAUGGAUGGUGGGUUUUUGCCCUCUCGGUUGAGCGAAGUCCUAUGUGAGAUGAAACGCCGGCUCCAGUCUCUCCCCAGGCCGGCCGAUGACAUUUGGGAGAAGGCGCAGAAGCAGCUGCGGAAAAGCUAUCGGGAGUUGCUACGCCGCUGCAACGCAACAGUUGCAGACGCCGCGGCUGUCGCUGCAGAUGUUGACGUCGUUGAUGCAGACGACCAGGAGGAAGCCUUGCAAGUCCGUGAAGCGGAAGAUGCCGGGUCUCCGUGUACUGCUCAGUCAGAUCAACACCUCGUGUUGUUUCGAAAGAUGAAUGAGUGGGGCUUUCUGGACAGCGAGCAGAAGCUCGAGCACUUGCAGCAAGCCGAGGAGGUAUCGAGGCGCUCACGGAGGAGCUUGAGCCAGGAAGAGCUGGCAGAUAUCCUCAACAUGGCUGCAGCUUGUCUUGCAGAUCCUCGCAGACAUGCGAGGCUACAGGAUGCUGAUGCUACAGACAUAGGCGAAGUCAGAACUGCCCCAGAGUCGCAUGAUGUGGCCGCCGAUCUGCAAAAGCGAAUUCGGUCAUUGCUUCUGCAGGCUCUCCAUGUAUGGCAGAUGAACCAAUUCGAUUGCCAAGCCAUAGAGCAUGUCCUGGACUUUGUGCAGCAGAAGAUCAUCAAAUUCGAGACCAAGGCUGGGGAGAUUCGAGGUGCUGCUGCGGGGAAGGCUUGGUUGAAAAUCAAGCAGAUGAUCGAUGAGUUGCUGCUGCAAAUACAGCCGCAAUCGAGCUCGCGUGUGCAUAGCGCAGAAGCCCAAACUCAAGCUGCUCAUCCCAUCAAGCGUGGCAGAGUGGAGCGCCAGAGUGGCAUUCAGCACAUUACCUGGAGAGACGGCACAAAUGGCGGUGGUUGGACGUGCCGUUUUUAUACGGGACGGAAGAAGGCAGCUCGCUCGUUUCCAAUCUCCAAGUUCCUCGAGGAAGGCCUGGGUGAGGAGGCAGCCGUUCAGGCUGCGCUGCAGGAUGCCAAGGCCUACCGAGAGGAGCUCGUGUGCCAGGGCAAAUUGAAGCCAUCAAAGCCCAAACCCCCCAGAUCGAUGGUGAUGGGCGUCUCGUUUGACAGCAGCAUACAGAAAUGGAGGGUUCGGCCCUACGAUGCCGUCGAAAAGAAGACUCUGUCCUUUGGUACUUACGACACCAAGGAGGAAGCCGAGGUCAAGGAUAGCUACAUGGCAAACAAGAUUUCCUUGACUGCUGACAUGAUGGACUCCGCAGACAAGGCUUGCUUGCCAAGAGCUCUUUCGUUACAGCUUCCCCAAAGGAUCCUGGGUACGAUCCUUGAGCUUGCUGCGUUGGGGCAGACGGGCAUCAGCACAGUUGUCAAGGCGAUAGUGUGGAGUGUUGUUCACGUACAGCGGCUGCGAGCUUCCAUUGUUCACGCCAUCUCCUUGCUCUUCCUGAGUAUGCGUGUCGAGAGCUUGGACAGUUGGCUCAAAUCGGAGCAUGCCUCCGGCAGCCACAUUCUUUUGCAUGCAAAUACAAAGAAGAACUAUGUCGUGCAGCAUGCGGAUCAACUCCAGGACUUUGCUCAGCAGCUUCGUGAAGUCGAGGCUCUGGAGAGCUAUGUCAACACGCCCUCCCUGCGCGAGCUUCCGGGCCAUGGUGGUCGCCUUCGCCGUGCAGAAGCAACAAGUGCCGUGGCCGUCGGUAGCGCCAUGCAGCUCUACGACCAGGUAAGUAAACUGGCCGAGGAGUAUCACCACACCAUGACGCAGCUGAACGAGCAGAUGCUGUCGUGGGACAAGAUGCUUUCCGACAAGUUGGCUGCCAAUGGCACGCCUGCGGCCGCCUGA